UUUAUAAGUCUGCACCCGUUUAUGACUCAAGCUUUAUUAAGUGGCGGCACUGUCUGAUUGUUUUCACAGACUUCCUCUAAGCUUUGGCACCGGACCACAUUCUUGGAUCGGUCAACGUUCACGUCAAACCGGUGGGUCUGUCUUUAAAAAGGGGCCCAGGACCUCUCUAACAGUUCACAAGAACGCUGCUGCGGGGUAACGCGCAAACACAGGCUCGACUUGACAGCCUCUCAAGACUCGAUUUUUGCGGGUAAGUGACUAAUGCUUAUUUCUAAACAUGUAUAACUGCACAGAUAUUACUCUUCCAUGACAUCUCAUCCAUCUGCAUGUGUGUAAUGCUUCAUUCUGUGGUUACUGCAGUCUGGAGGAGUAGUCUUCAGAGUCACGGUACUUCCGAUACAGUAAAGUGGUUGUGAAUGUGUGCGUCUGCAUGUCCUACUCAGUUUACCCCAGACUCCCUUGCUUGUAACUUCAUCGGUGUUUAUGUGAUCAGGGUGUAAAUCCUGCAGAGGGAGAGGCAUUUGACACUGGUACUGGGUUAGACGGAUCGUGACAAGAAUUUAGGACGAUUUUCGAAGAUUUUACAGUUUCGUUGUUUUGGAGAGUAACCGGUAGUUUCAUCGGAGGGUUUUUAAUCUGUUUCGGCAGGUAAAUUAUUUGACUUCCGUGCAUACCACUUGUACUUUGUCGUUGUUAUUAUUAUUAGUUAUAGUGGUAGUGGUAGAAGUAGUAGUAGUCGUAGUCGUUGUAGUGGAAGUAGUAGUGGUAGUAGUACUAGCAGUAGUAGAUGUCAUAGUAGUUGUAAAUGUUUUCAUUGACGUGCAUACCACUUUUACUUUGUUGUUGUUGUUAUUAUCAUCAUCAUUAUUAUUAUUAUUAUUAUUAUUAUUAUUAUUAUUGUUGUUGUUGUUGUUGUUGUUAUUAGUAGUAGUGGUAGUAGUAGUAAAUUAUCCGCAACAUUAUUUGUUGCGCAGUAGGAGUCGUAGAAGUAGUUGUUAUUAUUAUCAUUAUUAUUGUUGUUGUUGUUGUUAUGAUUAUUAUCUAUUAUUACACAAAAGUCCUACUUUUAGAGUUUUGAUACAGUUAUAACUCCGUGUCGUCGGUCAUUUGUUUCAGGUUAAUGAAUUCCCAUGCAGCAGAAAGACAGUGAAGGGCUCAUAAUGCAUCUUAACCAUAGACUGUAUAUAGAAUGGACAGAGUCUGCCUCCUGGCUGGGUGAAGCCACUCUAAGAACAGCACCCUCUGAUGGUGGGCUGCAGUACAGAUCAUAAAUCCCGCCUCCACCAGCAAAGCUAAUGGGGCUGUGGACCAACUUUAGAAAUUUAUUACACAGAACAUAAUUUUUUCUCCCCCCUGCUUGUGAUGUUGACAUGUAGUUACUGUAAGACUGGUUUGUGCUCAAGUCCUCUUUUUUUCUGUGAAGCUCUGUUUUUAAAAGUUAUUAGGGGGUUCAUGUUUUCUAUGAUUGACACCUGAUACAGCCAAUGGGCGUUCAGGGAUUGCAUAGCUCUCCCGGGGGAUACGCUGUUUGUGCCGAGCGUCAUCACAGUGACUCUCGGCAACUGCGCGGCCGAAUGCGCGCUGGUUUCAGGAAAUGAAGAAAAAUCCCAGAAAUACUUUUUGGCUUCAAAUCGGUAUACAGGCGGGAGGUGGAACCAAGUUGUCCACUUGUGACGCUCUCUCAUGGUCUUGAAUCAGUUUCUCUCAGCUGUCCUCUUAAAGCUUGAAACUCAUGCUCUAUUUUCAACUGCAUUUUUUUCCCUUCCACUCAACGUCCCUCACAGCCUUUUCAGGAUUGACCCUCUGUGUUUUACAGUCUCUUUAAAGGAUGUCAUUGAUUGUCUUCUGGACAUGUUGAAAAUCAGAAGUCCUUCCCAUGAUUGUGGUUGUUUGUAUAGAACUGAACCACCACUCGUUUUGAUUUGAAUGAGUCCAUAAAAUCAGAUAAAUUUGUAGAACUUGUAGAUUAGCUGAACAAGUGCUGAUCUUACCACAAAAGUGAAACCUGUCUUUAAGUUGUUAUUGGUAGUCGUCACUGGCACAUACUGGAUAAGCACUGCUGUCUCAUCCCCUCAGCGGCUCAGAUAUUGUGAGUCACAUCCUGAAUCACUUGUUCAAGAGAAUCUAAACAGGGGCAGGAUUUUCACAAAAAAAUCAUGCCUUUUUAAAUGUCAAACUGACAACAGAAUAAGCCCUGAUCUUGGGAGAUGAAGGUUACAGUUAGCUUAGAUAGAUUAAAUCUACUUUUAGUCAUUGAUAGUGGUCAUUGUCAGGUAUUAAGGCUGAGCACUGGUGUUUCACACCCUCAGCGUUGAAGUGAGGCUGGCUAAUGUGAGUAACCUGUUUUGCUUUCUCAGGGAAAAUGAAAAACGGGCAGGAUUUUGACAAAAGCCAGCCUUGAAUAGAAGCUACAGACACUCUGCCCUCUCCCCUCAUGCUUACAAACAGCCUCUCUUUUUCGUAUAUAAAGGGGUACCUCAAGGGUCAAUGCUUGGUCCCCUCUUUUUUUCUCUAUGCACCAUCUCACUUGGUGCAACUUUCCACUCUUAUGUUUUAUCAUAUCACUGUUAUGCAGAUGAUACCCAGCUCUUCAUCUUGUUCCCAUCAGAUGACGUAUUUGUCUUAGUCUGGAUCACAUCAUGCCUCACAGUGAUAUGUCUAAAAGCAUGAAGGAACACCAUCUUAAGCUCAACCUGACCAAAUCUGAGCUUCUUGUCAUCUCAGCCAAUUCCUCCAUACAAUCAUGAAUCGAUAUCCAGCAUAGCUCAACCAAACUCUGGCCCACUUACUCUACCAGAAAUCUUGGUGUAAUGAUUGAUGUUCAGCCAACCCUAAAGUUUCACGUCAGUUCCCUUCUAUAACAUCAGGGGGAUCAGCCCCUACCUCACAGGGCAUGCAACACAGCUCCUGGUACAGGCUCUUGUAAUAUCAGGCAUCACCCACUGCAACUCCUUACUGGCAAGCCUCUCUGCGUGCACCUUGAACCCUCCACAGAUGAUCCAGAAAGCAGCAGCCAAGAAUGACUUAUCUAACCACAUUUGAUCUUGAGCAAGUUUUUGACUCAGGGUCAGUCUUGAUUACUCAAAAAUCGAACACUUGCCUUGUAUGCUAUUUCGACUUUUUGUAUUUCUGGAAUGGUGAGAUUACUGCAAGAUGUUUAAUGGAAUUUUUACACUUGUUUUUAUGGACAGAAAAAACACUGAGGAGACAGCAUGUGCAAAACAUAUGUCCUGAUGACUGAAGGGAAGGUUGUGACAAUCCGGUCCUUCGAAAGAGGAGAGAUGAAGAUGUGUGCCAUUGACUCUCCAGAUUCCACACACAACGGUAAAACCUGAAUAUGCAUGGACACCCAUCUGGGGCUGUUGAUCUUAAUUUCUUCUCCAGAGCAGGAAUCUUUAAUUGUAUAGCAGUUAUUGAGAAAAAAUACAGCGAUUCAAUUGUAAGAAAGUUAUUUUGCUUUUGUCUUUAGAUCAUGUGGUCCAGAUCCAUAAACGUACAAGUAACAACAAACAGCAGAUGGCUUUCUGUUUCCCCUGGAGAGGAAACUCCUAUUGUAUAAAGGUGGUUGACAAAUGCCUGAAGGUUAGUAUGACCUUACUGAUAUAUGUAUAUAUAUAUAUAUAUAUAUAUAUAUAUAUAUAUAUAUAUUUUUUUUUUUUUUUUGUGUGUGUGUAUGUAUGUAUGUAUUGGAGACAUACUGGCCCUCAUUCAUCAAUCUUGCGCAGAACUGAGCGCUGAUCUGAGCACAGGAUUCAUCGCACAAUAGGACACGCGUGAGAUUUAUGAAAGGGUUCGUAUCUGACCAAUCCCAGCGUACGUAUGGUCAGGUCUUGAUAAAUGCGGUGACUGAAAUCGAUCGUCAUUAACAUGUUCACGCUGUUAAAUAUUCGUGGUUCAGAAGCCUCGCCCACUGAGGUCAAACAUGCAAGAGAAGAAAUAUUAGAAAGAUGUGAAACUUUUCCGAGCUGAAAGUGGAUAUCCUCGUGUCUGUGAUGGAAACUAACAAGGAUUUUCUCUUUGGAAGCAUCAAAACUGGUAUCAAAGCAGUCCAGAAAACUCCUGUCUGGAGCAGGAUUAUGGUGGCGCUGAACAGCGCUGCCGCGGAAUAGUGGACAGUGGCUGAAGUUUGAAUUAAUCAUUAGUCAAUAAAUUGCUCAUGAUGAUAAAUCAAUAUCUCAUACAUGCCUCAUAUUUGUUUAUUGCUAUGACAUAGAGUACGUUGCUCCUAUUAUUGAAAGUAUUUAGUUUUAACUUGUUUUGUCUUUGUAAUGUAGAGCAGACUGGAGAGUCUGACAGAGGCUGAACAAAAAUAAUUAUUAACGUCACCAAAUGGUGUGUUGCUGCCCCUGAGGCACAUUUUUAUGGAUUUCUAUUGGAUUUUUAUCACUGAUUAAAUAGCAUGAGCACUUUCUAAACUUAUACUUUACAUAUCAGAAUCCAUCGAUAAGGUCCUGUCUCCUCUGUACAGCACCAUUGUGGAGUCUCUCCUCAUUAUUGUUCUCUGGGCAUCGGGUCCUCACGUUGCACCGGCACAGCCAACGCAAUGUUAAAACGGCACUCCUGCUCUGUGGCAGUGUUUCUGGGCAGAGUUAUCAAAUAGGCCUAUACACCAAGGACAUAACAAAUUUAUUUUAUUUUAUUUACGUCUUAAUCUUUAAUGAAAUCUGGCUGAUUGUGCUUAAUGACAGGUUUGAGGUUUGUAUAUCAAUUAUUUUGACACAGACAUUUGCUGCACAGCAAAUCCACACUGACCCAAACUUGGGUACAUGAUGUCAGACCUGUCGUGAGAUUUGGUCGUAGCGUACGCUCACGUGCAGAUUGAUAAAUGCCGAUCCUCCCGCCAAAAUUGUCGCACGCAAGGUGUAUGCAAGUUUUCUACCUUACGCAAGCUUGAUAAAUGAGGGCCACUGUGUAUGUGUGUUCACCCUCAGUAUGAACCAGGCACAGAUAAGUAAAACAUUUUUAAAAAGAAAGCAAAUAUAAGUAAAAUUCAGGAAUCGUAAAGGUCUCAUCAGAGGUUUCCACUCUAUACAAAGCCCUCACAUGCUUUUUAACUGAAAAUGCAUUUCUUUGAUUUUUUAACCCUAAAAAUGUCAUUGUGUUAUGUGUGUUCACAGGUUGAGAUGGCUAAUUACACCCCGGACAAAAUAUCUGAUAACCAGUGGUUCGUAAUGCAAAAUGAUGGGGAUGGAGAUAAUUACAGCCUGUCCCCUUUGGUGGCUCCCAGAUGUUGCCUUGCAGUGCUCGCUGAAAAGCCAUACACUUUCAUUCUGAGUGACAACCGUUCGGACUCUGUUCAGGUCACAGCCGAAACGAUUGAAGGUGUGGUUCCUGUUUCACAUUUUUAUCAGUUUCUUCACAGCAGUGCUAAAAAUAUGCCAUACAUGUCUGAAUCCACAUAGGGUCUGCCCAAGAUGUUUGAAAAACACAUGACAAAAGAUGAAGUUUCAGCUUCACUUCAUGCUUUUAGCCCAGCUUUAUUGACAAACCAGCUUCUUGAAAAAAUUGCGUAAUUUCUCUGUUGAUGGUUUGAAUGCUGUUAAAUGGUGAUGUCCAGCUGAUCAGGUCCAAGCUCUUUAACACUCAGCUUCUCCCGCAUAGAUCUCCAUCAAACAGCAAUAUUUUUUGCAGCUUAACAGGGUUUUCUUUCUGGAGCCAGAGCUGAUGUAAUGAGAUGUCUAAAGUUGGUCCAAUUGCACUCUCACUAAAUCACAACACUCUAGUUCAUCCUCUCCUUCCUUCUGUGCUUCUCCUUUUCCUCCCAACCAUUGUGUAAGUUCAUAUUGUGCCUUAAGUCCUGGUUAUUCAGAAACUGACCCUUGAAUUUUUUGUCUUUUUUGUUUGCUCUGCAGGUGUCAAUCCCCAAUCCAACUGCUCCUUCUGAAAUAUAAGUCAAAAUCCUCAUGAUCCCCCCUGCACCCUGUACUUCCAGAUGUGCAACCAGCUUUGGGGCAAUGGAUAAGCAAAGUUAUUUUGAAAAAUAAUCUAGCUUUGGGUGAUAUCAUCUGGCAAAUUCUUAUUGGAGAGGUACUCUGUCUACUAGAGAAUAGUUAAGGAACUUAACAAUAAGGACGUUGGAAUAAGCACAGCAGGGGUCAACCUCUAAAUUUGAAUCCACUCAUUAAACAUUAUACACUAAAGUUCACUCAGUGUAGUAAUAUGAAGCUGCCCUUUUCUCUGAGCCUCUCUUGCUACUGAGCGACAUUGAAUCUGUCGUUCAAACUUUAUAACCAAGUUAACUUCAGACUCCUCCUCAGUCUUACAAGACAAUUUAUAAUUGUUUCCGAAGGCUUGAUGAGUAGUAAAUCAGUAAAUUCACAUGUAGCUAACAUCAUAACAAUAAGCGUAACAUUGCUAUUAACAGCCAACUUUAAGCAUUAUCCAGCUCAUAUAGUCAAAAUUCAACUAGACAUUUUGAUUUAAGCUAACAUUUGUCUACAUGAACAGGAGUUCUGCUGGAAUAUUUGCUCUCAAAUCUGUUCAACUGUGCCACAAGGUUUCUACAUUCAGAAUGCAAACAUUUUUCUCACAGUGUCAACAGGCAGGGGUGAAAUGUGCCAGACUAUUAUCCAUGGGUUGAUUUAUGAGCAGGUUGUCUCUGCCGUGGCAUUAACUCUUCAGAAUAAAAAAUCACUGCUAUAGAGUUUUGACUAAUCAGAAUCAAGUAUUAGUACCCACAGCCAGGUAAUGAGUAAGAAAGAGUGGUGAAAAGGGUGCCCUGUAAUGUGAAGAGAUUCUCAGAUGUUUUUAUAUAUUGGUAUUUUAGGGGGUUGGGCAUUUUAUUACUGUAUGUCUGGGACCACUGACUAUAAGAGGAUGACAAACACAUUCUCACUUUCUCACUCUGUACAAAAGUGAAGCCAGAAUACUCCCUGUGAUGAUUACACUAUUUAAAGCCAGAGGCAGUUGACCUGAGGUACUCGUGUCUUUAAAUUUAUCAUUUGACCAACCGAUAAAACAACAGCUCCUGCAGGUUCCCACUUCAAUGGUGUUAAUGCUUGUGAUCAUUAUAUCUUCUACUCUGUUCUUCACAGCAUACACAGCACCCCAGAGCUGAAAACAAUGGUGUUUCUCCCUUGCAUUGAAUAAAAAAAUAAAACAAGGCCUCCCAGAGAACUAAACACUUGGUUAUAAAUCUUCAAGGUAAUAACCAAAUUUUAUUACAACAAAACACAUUUUGAUUUUACUUCAUAGUCUGACUCAUAUCACAUGUGUUCAUAUUAGGGCAUGCUUUACGACCUUUGCUUCAGCUAGCCCGCCAGCAGGGGACUCAAGUGUUUUGGCUUCACUUUUAGAAAACUGUGUUGCUGUCCAACCUUUUUAUACAGUCUAUUUAUUGUGACUCAUUUGAAUGUUUACUGCAAGUCUGUGAAGAAGAUAAAUGUUUUCCAUAUGCUAUAUGAAAGCUGUUUGCAAGCAAUGAUCAUCCACUUCACUGAUUGGCUGGCAUUAUAACCAGAGAAGCUGAAUCAAGACCUUACAUUAACUAAGAGGCUGUUAGGCCCUUCCCUGUAUACCAGCAUUGAUAAUAACCAUGCUUUUUUAUGUUGAUAUUAUGCUAUAAACAAGUAUAAGGUUGUACUGUGAGUUUGUAUUUAGUCCUUUUCGCUGGUUGCUACACAUCAUAAAAUGGAGAUGUGGAAGAACAAGCAGCUGCUAGCGAGCUAGCUGUAGUAGCCUUUUCAAAGGUGAUAGGCACUUUUAGAAACUGGUAUCACCAUUAGGAGCUUGUGCUUCUUUUGGGAGCCAAUAAAUAAAAAAAAUCAUACUUUUUUAUUCACAUCUGUAACUAAGGUUAUUCAAUCAGCAGCAGCAUUUAUGCAGUUCUAACACACACAUAUAAUUUAGACAGUGCCUGGUAACUGCUUCCUUCAUCAACACUCAAGAGAUUUAAUAUUUGCAAGAGCACAGUAUUCUUAGGUUGAAUGUAUGCCAAUGGUCACUUGAUAUCGCUGUCUGAUUUGUGAUGCUGGUGGAAAAGGAAAACUUUUGAUGUAUCUAUGUAUGUAUUUUUGUCAUUGUCAUAUAUUUUUAUUCUCACACUGUAACCACAUUUGAAAUAAACAUGUUACCUGAGUCUUGGUUUGGUGCCUCUGCCACAAUGGUCAUGUUUCAGACUAUUCGAGAACUAUGGAGUCAAUCUUCAAGUCUUUCUACUUACUGUCAGUUUUUCUGUUAUCAGUAUGUGCAGGAAAGUUCAAAAGUGAGACAAAGUGAUAGAAAAGUCAUCGAUUUAUGUCCCAAACCUGCAGCUACUUCUGCAACGCCAACAUCAAUGUUUUUCUUGGAACAUAUAAAGCAUUCCUUCUCAGGUCUCCACCUGCCAGGUUAGGGUCCUAUCAGUCAUUGCUUUAAGGAUUUUCUAUGUGAGCUGUAUUUUUCUUUCUGGGAGUCAAAGGGGAUAUACCUCACAGUGACAACAACGAGGAACACAACUACAUUACUGAGUUAUAAGGAAGGAAAAAGGAAGAGUGUAUUAGGAUGAUAACCCAACCCGGGCUUGGUUGUCAUACAAGCUACUGUAUGUUUUUGGCCUUAGCUAAGUUUGUCUUUGUUUUAACUUCCUUUGUCUCUUAUGUGGAAAAGGUUUUACCUUUUUUGAAGUCCUCUGUUUGUCCAUCAUGGUGUACUACUCAGCUUUCUAGCAAUGCAUUCAUGCUAUUCAACUUUUGGCUUAAAGCCCACAAUACAAACACUUGAGCAUGCAAACUUAGCUAUACACAUGGAAGAGAGAAUCGAUCCCCACCUGCAUUGUCCAGAUCUGUUUGUCUAAAUGUGAGGAGUUCGAUUUAGCAUGAUUUAAGUCAGAAUAAUGUGUUAACAUGUUUUAAAGGUCAAGUUUUAGCCAGACUAAUGCAACAUAUACAUCUUUUAAUAACAUGUAAUAAGAUUGAGUAAACAAAAGAGGACCCAAGAUUGACCUCUGGGCUACCCCACAUAAUGGAGAAGCACGAGAGGAGGAUAUGUAUAAAUGCUGUUGAUUCGUUUUUUUGUUUUGUUUUGUUUGUUUUGUUUUGUUUGUUUUACAUAAGUUAAGCAGUGUCUCACAUACAAAGAUGUGACAAGGACUCCAAUUACCAAGUAACUGUCCUGAAAGUCAUUGGCCUGUUUUCUAUGAAACAACUGAGGUCAAAGAAGAGCAACUGCACCUGAGUAUAGACCCUGGCAACCAUUUGGUUCUCCGAAAGGGGUGCCUCGUGCUGAAAGUUCCUGGAACUUUUUGUCCAAAAGCACCCCAAAAUCCACUGUAUGUAAUACAAUUACUUUUGAUAAGUAACUCAAAUAUAAAUCUAUCUAUCUAUCUAUCUAUCUAUCUAUCUAUCUAUCUAUCUAUCUAUCUAUCUAUCUAUCUAUCUAUCUAUCUAUCUAUCUACAGUAUAUCCCUUAAAAAUUGGUGCAGUGUUGUAUCCAGUUAUGCAGAUAUAUGUACACUUUAAUUAUUACUUCUUCUUUAAGAUAUUAUGGUUUUGUUUAUACUUUUAUAUACAGUAGCUUUUGUAGUAGAAUCUCUUCAUACAUUUGGGUUAAGAAAUAUAGAGUAAUUAUCUUUUAGUAAGAAGCUACAAAUAAUCUAGGUUGGCCUACUCCUGCAGCCUCAUGACCCUGAGAUUGUAAGCAAGGCUGUCUUGCAGGAGCCCGAACUAUCUGUCUGUUGGAUCAUUUAAUCUCUGCAAGGGUCAAGACGAGCCUAAACAAAGUGUCGUGGGGCAGACAUGCCAUUGUGAGGAGCCUCCUGGAGAAUUGACAGACACACACACACACACACGCACUCACUCACGCACACACACACACACACACACACACACACACACACACACACACACACACACUUGAAAGCAUAAAAGGGAGUAGAAGAAAAGCUAGGGAGCUAAAAGCUAGAGGCUUCCCUUGGUCUUGGUCGAGACUCUGUCGUUUGUGCUGAUUUCUACAUCUGUACAAUAAAAGACGCCCAGGCUGUUCUUCAGAUCUCAUCCUGUCUCCUGUGCAUUGUUUUACUGAGUUUAUGCUGAAUUUUGAAAUUUCAUUUCAAAAAGGUCAGUCUUGUCGCUGAUGUCCUUGUUUGCUCCUUUACAUCAUAAAAAGGCAUCAACUUUAGUUUCAGUCUGUAAGAAAAAUGUCCACAAACUCCUCACAGGAGCUUUUCACAAACUUAGAUAUGUUGGAAGAGCAUCCAGUGGACUUUUUCUUCUAUUCUAUGGAGUAGAGGGUCUUCCAGAGAGAACUUUUUAACAUUUUAAAUGCAGGAAGACCAUCCAGAGAGCCCUUUUAAAGGUUUUAUUUGCCGGUAAGGUAUUCAGAUGGACCUUGUGUAUUCAGUACGCAAGAAGACAAUCCAGAGAUGAAUUUUUACAUUUUGCAAAUGGGAAAGGCGUCCGGUGGGCACUUCUUAUAUUAUACCCAUCACAAGAAAAUCAAGGGAACACUUUCCCUUGUGCUCUAAAUGCUGGAAGCUCAUACAGAGGGCACUUUUACCAUUUUAAGAUGCUGUGAGGGCAUUCAGGGGACACUUACCCACAUAUUUCUAACAGAAAUGGCACUUUUAUUUUUGUUCUGUAUGCUGUAAAGGCUCUCUCUUUAUUUCAUUAUGCUCUCUAGUGUUGGGUAAGCUGCAAAGCUAAAUUGCCCCUCAGAACUAAAUAAAAUUGUUUACAUUAAAUUGAAUCGGCUAAACUGUUGCACAUUAAUGGCACGAGGAGCCAUAACGACUUUCACCCAAAAGGCAGAAGACCAAUCCGGAAACGGCAUCAUAUGUUUUUGUCUUUGCAUCUUGCUGAAUUAAAGUUCACUCAGCCUUGUCUGUUUUUAAGUCUGCACCCGUUUAUGACUCAAGCUUUAUUAAGUGUCUGAUUGUUAUCACAGACUUCUUCUAAGCUUUGGCACCGGACCACAUUCUUGGAGCUGUCAACGUUCACGUCAAACCUGUGGGUCUGUCUUUAAAAAGGGGCCCAGGACCUCUCUAACAGUUCACACGAACGCUGCUGCAGGGUAACGCGCAAACACAGGUUCAACUUGACAGCCUCUCAAGACUCGAUUUUUGCGGGUAAGUGACUAAUGCUUAUUUCUAAACAUGUAUAACUGCACAGAUAUUACUCUUCCAUGACAUCUCAUCCAUCUGCAUGUGUGUAAUGCUUCAUUCUGUGGUUACUGCAGUCUGCAGGAGUAGUUUUCAGAGUCACGGUACUUUAAGAUACAGUAAAGUGGUUGUGAAUGUGUGCGUCUGCAUGUCCUACUUAGGACUUAGGAUCAGGGUGUAAAUCCUGCACUUGUACUUUGUUUUUAUUAUUAUUAUUAUUAUUGUUAUUAUUAUUAUUAUUAUUAUUAUUAUUAGUAGUAGUAGUAAUAGUAUUAGUAGUAGUUGUAGUAGUAGUAGUAGUGGUUGUAGUACGAACAGUAGAAGAGGUCAUAGUAGUAGUAAAUUUUAUCAUUGACUUCCGUGCAUACCACUUGUGCUUUGUUGUCUCAUAAAAUAGAAUAAUAAACAACAGAGAAUAUGUGAGGGUCAAGGCGACAUUGUUGCAUCAAACGAGCUCCUCCUGAUAGGAGCAGAUCCUCCUCAUUACUUCCCACGAUUCACAGUGGAGGAUACAUCACCCACACACACACCUGCUGAUAGGAGAAACAAGGUCACAGAAAAAUGAAGAAACACUCAUGUGCUGUGUAAUAAAGCUAUUGGAGAGAGAAGUUAGAAAACACUCUUAUAUGAUGUGUAACAAGAGGUCAAAACAGUUCAUACUUGUAGUAAACUCUUACAUAAGAAUAUGAGUAAAAAUGAUAACUUCUAUAUACAUUUAUGCACAUUAUUCUAACAGUCAUUGAUUGUCUUCUGGACAUGAUUGUGAUUGUUUGUAUAGAACUGAACCACCACUCGUUUUAAAAUGAAUCCAUGAAAAGAGUCCAUAAAAUCAGAUAAGUUUGUAGAACUUGUAGAUUAGCUGAACAAGUGCUGAUCUUACCACAAAAGUGAAACCUGUCUUUAAGUUGUUAUUAGCAGUCGUCACUGGCACAUACUGGAUAAGCACAGCUGUCUCAUCCCCUCAGCGGCUCAGAUACUGUGAGUCGCAUCCUCAAUCACUUGUUCAAGAGAAUUUAAACAGGGGCAGGAUUUUCACACACAAAAAAAUCAUGCCUGAAGAGAGUUUAAAUGUCAAACUGACUACAGAAUAAGCCCUGAUCUUGGGAGAUGAAGGUUACAGUUAGCUUAGAUAGAUUAAAUCUACUUUUAGUCAUUGAUAGUGGUCAUUGUCAGGUAUUAAGGCUGAGCACUGGUGUUUCACACCCUCAGCGUUGAAGUGAGGUCAGCCUCUCUGUCCCUGGCUCACUGAAGUCACCAAAGAGCAAGAGGGCAUGGCUUUGGGCAGCAGAAGGAAGUGGUGUAAAUCUAGAGAGUUUUCCUGUUUGAAUGAUCAUCAAUGAAAACUUUCAUUAUUCACCUCCAGUUAAAAAACUGCUAGUUAAACAUUUUAGCAAAAACUGUUUUUAGUGUUUAAUGGCGUGUUCACACCACCCUUGUUUAGUCCGGUUAAACCGAACCCUGGAGCGUUUACCCCCUUGGUGCGGUUCAUUUGGGUCAGUGUGAAUGCUGACCUCGAACUCUGGUGCGGACCAAAUAAACGAACUCUGGUCUGCCUGAAGAGGUGGUCUUGGACUGCUGUCAACUGAACUCUGGAGCGGUUCAUUUCUUCAUUUCUGGUGUGAACGUCAUCCACACCAAUCACAGGAAACGCACCUAGGCUAGGCUAUUUGUAAUGCUGGUUUUGAAAUAAAUGUUUUCCGCUCUCCUCACUUGUCCCGAUUGACACCAGAGAGAAAACGCAUUGUGGUAGACUCUCAUUAAUUCCUGUCGCCAUCUCGUCUUUAUCCGUCUGUUGUUUGCAGCACAUCUACUCCGGAAUGUAUUAAUUAAUGCAACAGUUUGCGCUCGCUGGCUAACGAGGCGUUCAUACGCGCGAUCGGCUAGUGUCUUUUGAUAUGCACUCCAAAUGAGUAGUAAAAGCAAAAUCAGCCUACGAUACUCCAUGACAGGCAAAGACAGCAGAGCGGGGUUUAUAUUCCCACAUAAACUAAUAACCAAUAGCCGAACGAUAUUCGCGGUCACGUGACUUCGUUUUCGUUUUCUAGAGCGAUUGAGUUUGUCCUUUGUGAACACAAACCAGACCAGUUAAACAAUCAAAACAAAUGUAUCGUCUUGCCUUGGAUUCAAAUCAGGAAAUUGACCUUUUGGUGUGAACACGACCUAAUUCUCUCCUCUUUCCACAAACUCCUAACACCUCCACAUGUUUGCCUCACACUUCACCAAGAAGAUGUUUACCAUCAGUAAUAAAUUCUCUGAACCUGACCAGCUUACUUUGCUUUUACUCACCAUCUCACUUGGUGCAACUUUCCACUCUUAUGUUUUAUCAUAUCACUGUUAUGCAGAUGAUACCCAGCUCUUCAUCUUGUUCCCAUCAAAUGACACAUUUGUCUUAGUCUGGAUCACAUCAUGCCUCACAGUGAUAUUUCUAAAAGCAUGAAGGAACACCAUCUUAAGCUCAACCUGACCAAAUCUGAGCUUCUUGUCAUCUCAGCCAAUUCCUCCAUACAAUCAUGAAUCGAUAUCCAGCAUAGCUCAACCAAACUCUGGCCCACUUACUCUACCAGAAAUCUUGGUGUAAUGAUUGAUGUUCAGCCAACCCUAAAGUUUCACGUCAGUUCCCUUCUAUAACAUCAGGGGGAUCAGCCCCUACCUCACAGGGCAUGCAACACAGCUCCUGGCACAGGCUCUUGUAAUAUCAGGCAUCACCCACUGCAACUCCUUACUGGCAAGCCUCUCUGCGUGCACCUUGAACCCUCCACAGAUGAUCCAGAAAGCAGCAGCCCAGAAUGACUUAUCUAACCACAUUUGAUCUUGAGCAAGGUUUUGACUCAGAGUCAGUCUUGAUUACUCAAAAAUCGAACACUUGCCUUGUAUGCUAUUUUAACUUUUUGUAUUUCUGGAAUGGUGAGAUUACUGCAAGAUGUUUAAUGUAAUUUUACUCUUGUUUUUAUGGACAGAAAAAACAAAACAGCAUGUACAAAACAUAUGUCCUACAAACGGCUGAAGGGAAGGUUGUGACAAUCCGGUCCUUCGAAAGAGGAGAGAUGAAGAUGUGUGCCAUUGACCCUUCAGAUUUCACACUCAAAGGUAAAACCUGAAUAUGCAUGGACACCCAUCUGGGGCUGUUGAUCUUAAUUUCUUCUCCAGAGCAGGAAUCUUUAAUUGUAUAGCAGUUAUUGAGAAAAAAUACAGAGAUUCAAUUGUAUGAAAGUUAUUUUGCUUUUGUCUUUAGAUCAUGAGGUCCAGAUCCAUAAACGUACAAGUAGCAACAAACAGCAGAUGGCUUUCUGUUUCCCCUGGAGAGGAAACUCCUAUUGUAUAAAGGUGGUUGACAAACACCUGAAGGUUAGUAUGACCCUACUGAUAUAAUAUAUAUAUAUAUAUAUAUAUAUAUAUAUAUGUAUAGGAGACAUAUUGUGUGUGUGUGUUUGCCCUCAGUAUGAACCAGGCACAGAAAAGUAAAAAAAUUUAAAAAAGAAAGCAAAUAUAAGUAAAAUUCAGGAAUCGUAAUACAAAGCCCUCACAUACUUUUUAACUGAAAAUGCAUUUCUUUGAUUUCUUAAACCCUAAAAAUGUCAUUGUGUUAUGUGUGUUCACAGGUUGAGAUGGCUAACACCCCGGACAAAAUAUCUGAUAACCAGUGGUUCGUAAUGCAAAAUGAUGGGGAUGGAGAUAAUUACAGCCUGUCCCCUUUGGUGGCUCCCAGAUGUUGCCUUGCAGUGCUCGCUGAAAUGCCAUACACUUUCAUUCUGAGUGACAACCGUUCGGACGCUGUUCAGGUCACUAUUUCACAUUUUUAUCAGUUUCUUCAAAGCAGUGCUAAAAAUAUGCCAUACCUGUCUGAAUCCACAUAGGGUCUGCCCAAGAUGUUUGAAAAACACAUGACAAAAGAUGAAGUUUCAGCUUCACCUCAUGCUUUUAGCCCAGCUUUAUUGCCAAACCAGCUUCUUGAAAAAAUUGCGUAAUUUCUCUGUUGAUGGUUUGAAUGCUGUUAAAUGGUGAUGUCCAGCUGAUCAGGUCCAAGCUCUUUAACACUCAGCUUCUCCCGCAUAGAUCUCCAUCAAACAGCAACAUUUUUUGCAGCUUAACAGGGUUUUCUUUCUGGAGCCAGAGCUGAUGUAAUGAGAUGUCUAAAGUUGGUCCAACUGCACUCUUACUAAAUCUUUACACUCUAGUUCAUCCUCUCCUUCCUUCUGUGCUUCUCCUUUUCCUCCCAACCAUUGUGUAAGUUCAUAUUGUGCCUUAAGUCCUUGUUAUUCAGAAACUGACCCUUGAAUUUUUUGUCUUUUUUGUUUGCUCUGCAGGUAUCAAUCCCCACUCCAACUGCUCCUUCUGAAAUAUAAGUCAAAAUCCUCAUGAUGCCACCCGGAACCCUGUACUUCCAGAUGUGCAACCAGCUUUGGGGCAAUGGAUAAGCAAAGAUAUUUUGAAAAAUAAUCUAGCAUUGGGUGAUAUCAUCUGGCAAAUUCUUAUUGGAGAGGUACUCUGUCUACUGGAGAAUAGUUAAGGAACUUAAUAAUAAGGACGUUGGAAUAAGCACAGCAGGGGUCAACCUCUAAAUUUGAACCCACUCAUUAAACACUAGACACUAAAGUUCACUCAGUGUAGUAAUAUGAAGCUGCCCUUUUCUCUGAGCCUCUCUUGCUACUGAGCGACAUUGAAUCUAUCUUUUAAACUUUAUAACCAAGUUAACUUCAGACUCCUCCUCAGUCUUACAAGACAAUUUAUAAUUGUUUCCAAAGACUUGAUGAGUAGUAAAUCAGUAAAUUCACAUGUAGCUAACAUCAUAACAAUAAGCGUAACAUUGCUAUUAACAGCCAACUUUAAGCAUUAUCCAGCUCAUAUAGUCAAAAUUCAACAAGACAUUUUGAUUUAAGCUAACAUUUGUCUACAUGAACAGAAGUUCUGCUGGAAUAUUUGCUCUCAAAUCUGUUCAACUGUGCCACAAGGUUUCUACAUUCAGAAUGCAAACAUUUAUGCAGAGAAGCAUUUAUGCAGUUCUAACACACACAUAUAAUUUAGACAGUGCCUGGUAACUGCUUCCUUCAUCAACACUCAAGAGAUUUAAUAUUUGCAAGAGCACAGUAUUCUUAGGUUGAAUGUAUGCCAAUGGUCACUUGAUAUCUCUGUCUGACUUGUGAUGCUGGUGGAAAAGGAAAACUUUUGAUGUAUCUAUGUAUGUAUUUUCGUCAUUUAUUCUCACACUGUAACCACAUUUGAAAUAAACAUGUUAC